AAAAUGUCCGAUAAUUAGUAAUUGUCUGAAACUCAAGAAUAAAGUGUCUAAGACCCCUCUAUUUAAUAAGAACAACCUCAAGAAUCUAAAGUUCUCAACACUUGGGCAAGAUCAUCAAAAGAUCUAAUUGAUAAAUAUAAAAAUAAGUUUGACGCAUUCAAAGCCAUGGCUGUUCAAGCAGGCUACAAUGAAAUACCACAAUAAUCAACAAAAAUUGAAACUAAUAUCAAUAAAAUAGAAAUCAGUAAUUAGCCAAUCUUAAUUCCAUAAGAAAGCUAAGUUGUAAUAGUAGAGAUUAAACCUGUGGAAACACAAGAAGUCAAUCUAUAACAAUAAAUUUCUUAAGAGAUCUUUGAUUAAUAGAAUGAAUAAGCUUAAUUGGAUGUAAAAUUAGAAGAAGAUCCAGAAUAAUUAAUAUAACUCAAUGAAACUCUUUGUAAAUAAGAACCAAUCAAUUAAACUGUUGAUUCUAUUAAACAUGAAUUUAGCUUGAAAUGUAUUGAAAAAAGUAAUUUACAUCAAAUCCCUUCAAAACAAGAAAUCUAAUCACAAAAAAAAUUAGAUUACUUAUAGAAUUUAGAGCUUGGUGUAAAGAACUCAGAUUUUGUUGUAUAAAAGGAAGAAGUCCCCAUUCCAGAUUGUCCAGUAAUAGCUAAUAAUUACAUGGAAUUACUAGAUUAAUUUAAGAGUGCAAAUACAUUAGAAGAUCUAACUGAUUUAUUCAAUCGAAGAACACCUUUCAAAGAAAGAUAUAAUCAAUAAGAACUCCUUUAGAACUUAAAAAAUAACACUUCUAAUACUAAGGUCAGUACUGAUUAAAAUCAAACUUAAAAGGUUAAAACCUUUGAUACUUUGUUAUAAUAAUUUAAUACUCCCAAUAAAUUAAAGUAAGAAGUACUGACUGAAAAUGGAAGUGGCAAAAAUGGAGGAACUUAUCUCAAUUCAUAAGCUCCACAAAUCAACAACAAAUUGUCUCAUGGCAAAUCUCCAAAUGCCAGAUUUGGUUUUAUAUAAGCGAGUCCCUCUUCAUAAUUUAUUGGAACUUCAGGCCAAAAAACAAAAAAAGAAAAUACUUAUCUCAAUGUUAAAGUAUAACAAACUAUGAAUUUUACAAUUGAAGUUAAAGAUAAUGUUAAGCCUUAUAAAAGAAAGGACGAAUUAUCAAAUUUCAUGGGAAAAUUAGGCUUGGGUAAAUAUGAAGCGCCAAAAGUAACAAUUAACUUGGAUUCAUAGAAUGGAUAAAGUAAGAAAUUAUUACUAUUUAUAGAUGCCUUUGAUAGAUUGAAACAUUAUGUGAAUAAUAUUGGGAAUACUAGCGCAAAAAGAACACCAAGUUCAGGUUUAGACGAGUUAGUGAAUGAUAAGUCGUUUAAUACUUGCACUUUUAAACAAUAAAUGAAGGCUUUUAAGAAAGAUAGAGGGGAAAGAGGAGAAUCUACUUAAAGAUAAGGUAUGCCAGUUGAGAAUCCAAUGUUACAAGAUUAAUCAUUUAAAAAUCUACAUCUAAAAUUGUUACAUCAUUAAAGAGCAGAUUCUUAAGUUGGAAAAGCUGUGAGGAUUUGA